UCCAUACAUAUAAUUCUUAUAAUUCCUAAAAAUUAUGAAACUUGGAAAUUCAAUUUAUUUCAUGCAAUUAGUCUUUACAUUGUUAAUAUUUCUCAUCAAUUUGUUAACAAUCGCUGAUGGAAAAACAUGGCAAGAAGAUUUGACCCUCACGGGCAACGAAAAGGAGAUUUUGGAUAAGUUCAGGGCACACGUGAAAGAUAGGUUGCCUCAUGACUAUAUGAAAGAAGAUGUGUACUUAAUUCGAUGGUUGAGAGCAAGAUAUUUUAACAUACCAGAUGCUGAGAGAUUUUUGAUGGAGCAUUUAAAAUGGCGAAGAGAUAAUAAUAUGGACACGAUUUUCGAGGAAGACUGGUCAGACUAUGAUACUGAAUACAAGUAUCACUUGGAAAGCAGAGACAAGGAAGGAAAACCAGUGUUGUACGUGUCGGUGAGAAAUUGGGACUUAAGGAAAGCAGCCCUCACUGGACGGCGUGACAGAUUUAAUCGCUUUGUUGACAAAACCCUUGAAGAAGCGUGUGGCCUGGUUCAAGAAUUGGGGGAAAAGUACAAAAACGUAUCUCAAGGAAUAUUUAUUCUAAACAUCGAUGGGUUUAACCUUGUUCAGCACGGUUGUCUGCAAUGCAUUAGCUCUCUAUUGAGAAUCAUUGUGAGCUAUGAAGCCCAUCAUCCUGGAUGUGCGGACAAAUUCAUUUUCGUGAACCUGCCUGAAGCCGCGAGACCGGUGUUGGCCGCAGCGAGGACCGUGUUCCACCCCGACACGAACCGGGCCCUCCAGGUCUAUGGUACGAACCGGCGGAGGUGGGAGAAGGUGCUGAGGGAGUAUUUUCACCCAGACCAACUCCCUGAGGAACUCGGGGGGACCAAGAUUUAUUCGGGGACUGACACUGAUGAUGAUCUUAAGUUCUGAGACUACGCAUAUUCAUUUCGAAUUGUAUGCAAUUCAUGUGUGCCUUAAUAUUGAUUUAUAGUGAAUAAAAGUACGUUUUAAAACUGUAAAAAAUUAAAUAA